UCGUUAUUACUCCAAUCUUCUUCCACUGGGAGGAAAUUGGAAAACCAAAUUUUAUUUUUAAAUAAAGGCGAGAAUUAAGUUUGGAAAGAGGAAAUUCUACUAAUUUCAUAAUUUACUCUCAUAUUCAUCGGGUUCUCCAAUUGUUGGAGCAACAAAUUCUAUAAAGCUAUAAUACAUUGUUCUGCGUAAGAGUAGAUUUUAUAGAAGUCUGAGGCAACACUAAAAGACUAGAAUGGAAAAGAUUUCCGCUGCUUGUGCUAUGAGUUGGAGCAUUGAGCUCGAGAUAAGCCUUCGUUCAAGAAAGCCUGGUAAGGCUAUUGGUUCAAUAAACAUGAUUUGUCAUACAGAAAUUCCUUGCUUGACUUUGUCCUCUUCUUAUGUUUUGGAGGCUGGCGUAGAACUUGUAAGAAUUACUUCAGAAGAGGAUAUUUUGGCCACUAUGUUGGUAUCUCUUGCAAAACUUUCUUCAAAAGCACCGAUUUUGAUUUUGGAGCAGGUAGACAUGCUUAAUUCAUUUCUGGCUCAGAGAACAAGUUUGCGCUUACUAGCUACAAAUUUGUUCCAAAUGCUUGAUGAAUUGAAUAUGCCUUCUGCUUUGCAAGAUGAUGUAUUGCAGCUGCUGCUGAAGAUGCUUGAUAAUGGGUUACCUGAUAUGCUUUUCAAUGACAUUGAUGACUUCAUGAAGCUAUUGAGAUAUGUUGAGGAUGCGACUUGCUUUUUGAUAGUUUCUACAAAAAUCUUAGCUUUUCAAAUUUUGGUAAGUGUAUCUAUUAAGCUCAAGGGAAAAGAUGACCAAAUAUUGGAGGUUAAUUUUGUUGCUUUUACGACUAAAGUUGUCUCAACUAUCAGUGAUCAGAUAACUUUGUUGGUGAAACUAGUACGAGGUGGUACCUCUAGAUGUGAAGCUGAGCAAGAAUUGGGAAGCAUGCUCAAGCUUCUACUUAUACUGGUUCAGAAUCAUCAAGAAUUGGAAUGUAGGAGCAAUACAAAAUUGUCCUAUACAUGUGUUUAUGACUUAAUCUACAGAUUUUUGGUGGCCUUCCUUGACACUCUGGAUGGUUUUGGUUCUACCACUACUGAAAUAGUUGACAAAUUUAAGCAGUUGGUAUCCUUUGUUUGUGAUAGCUGUUUUUUCGAUUGCUCUACCCACACAUUCUUUGCCCUUCUUCUGCAUUCUCUUCUCAACUGGAGCUUUUUACCAUCUGAGAACCAGUCUAGCAAUUCCGUGCAAGGAAUGAGAGGAUCUUAUAACUUUCCAGAAGAUGAAGCACUUAUUCACAGAUGCGCAAAAAAUAUGCUCUUGGGUGGAGAUAAUUGGUGUGCCUAUAAAGCUGGAAGAUAUGCUUGCUGUGAGGGAGAAUGGUGCAUGGCUAAUAUUAUUUUUCAACAUCUAGAAGCAAAGGCUCAAUCUGAUGUUUGUUGUCACUGGUUGAAAUUCUUAGUUCAGUUCACCCAUUUUGAGAAGAAAGUCAAGGUGCUGCUUCAGCAAUCGUCUCACUGUUCUAUUCUUGACCAUGUCUUGGUACCUUCAGCUAUGAGUAGCACUCCGAGUACUAUCUCUAAUGAAUACAUUAAAGCACUUGUCAGUGCUUUUGGUGACGUUUCUUCAUAUAAUAAGUUUUUGGAAGCCAUUUCUUUGCAAACACAGACCCUUUGUUUCCAAAGGUGGUUCUUGGCAUUGAGGCUGAAGGUUUUACUUGCAUUGCUGGAUGUACUUAAAGUCUUAAAUGUUUGUUUAGUUUCCAAAGUUGAUCUGGAAGGCCUUAAAAACACCGGUGGAAGUGAGUUUAUUGAUGUUCAACCUGUUUCUCAGAGGAUGGAAGACAUAAUUCCUUUUCUGAAUGGAAUAUCUGCAAAACUUGUGAGUGUUGCAGAAGAAUAUGAUUUAAUUUUCACAGCUUUUGUUGACUUAGAUUCAAAAAGCUUGAGAGUAAUAUCAGAUUUGGCAUAUAGUUGUUCACUGUUGGCUUUCUGCACAGAAUUAACUAGUUUGAUUUGCUCAGCUGUGUCUUCUGCUCUGACAGAUAAUUCAGACCAUCGCCAGAGUGCUAUUAUAAAAGAUUUAACUGUGCGUCUGUGGCACGUAGACUUUGAGACCUGUAUGGAUCUCAUGUCACUUUUAAACGGACAUGGGGGGCAUAAAAGUUCUUUGCAUUUGCUGCCUGGAUUUCAAAUAUAAAAAAUUGGCCGAAUCUCUGAACACAUACUUACAUUGUGUAGAUCUAGUAUGCGGCAGUUGGUUGGAUUGCUUAAUGAGUGUUCUAGUAUAAAAAAUGAAAACACAGUAUGCCAAGUAUACAAGGAUAGUAUGCAAAUUCUACUGAGUAUUACUGGAGCAUGGAUGCAUAUUCCAUUCCGGGUUCCAAAGUACUUCCGAUUAAGACCUACUAUUGGGGCUCUUCUUUUGUCUAAAGGUGCUGGUAGCAGUAGCCAGAAUGAAGCUUUUGUCUCGCAGGGAUCACACUUAGCAUUGAACUUGUGUAUUCAACUUCAUAAUGUGAAUUUAGAUGUCUGUUCGAGA